AUGACAUCAUCUUCAAAAAUUUCCACUGUUUCAACUGAAAUAUCACAAACAAAUAAUUCUCAAAAAAUAGUAUCAAGCACUGUAAAGCUUCCUGUAUCAGCACCAAUAAGUAAGACUACCAUUACCACUAAAGAAACAAUUGGCGCCCUUCCCGGGAUAUUAAUCGGUGGUGCUGCGGCAUGUGCAGCAGUUACAUUUUCAAAUCCGUGGGAGGUAGUAAAAACUCGGUUACAACUUCAAGGUGAAUUAGCUCGAAGUAAUUCAAAUUAUGCAAAACCUUAUAAAAAUGUAUUUCAAGCAUUCUACUACAUAAUCAAACAUGAGGGAAUUCUCAGCAUUAACAAAGGUUUAGGUCCGGCUUAUACGUAUCAAAUUUUGAUGAACGGUUCACGUCUUGGUCUUUAUGAUCCAAUUCGAAACUCUCUUACCUCAACUUUUGGUACUUCAAGCACUUCGUUACCAAUUAGCAUUGUUUCCGGAGGUCUUUCUGGUAUUAUUGGUGCUUUUGUAGGCUCUCCCUUAUAUUUGGUCAAAACUCGUAUGCAAUCUUUUUCAACUCAUAUGGCAGUUGGGCAUCAACAUAAUUACAAAAACACUUUUAGUGCUUUAACACAAAUAUGGAAGUUAGACGGUAUAAAAGGGUUGUAUGCAGGUGUUAAUGCUGCAAUGAUAAGAACUGGCGUUGGUUCUGCAACCCAAUUAUCAAGUUAUUUUUAUAUAAAACAGUGGAUAAUUAAAAAGACUGGGAUGAAUGAUAAUAUUUUAUUGCAUAGUUUAGCAAGUAUGAUAACGGGACUUUGUGUUUGCACAACUAUGAAUCCAUUUGAUGUUAUUAGCACACGUAUGUAUAAUCAAAAAAUGGAUAUUAACGGAAAAGGAAGCUUGUAUAAAAGUACUUUCGAUUGCUUUAUAAAGACAAUUAAAGCUGAAGGCAUUCAAGGACUUUAUAAAGGAUUCAUACCUCAUUAUUUUAGAAUUGGACCGCAUACAAUCUUAACUCUAGUAUUUUUGGAACAAUUUCGUGGAUUAUAUAUAAAAUAUACACAAUGA